GUGUUUACGGCAGCGGGCGUCGGGCUUGCUUGGGGUUCGGGGCAGCAGGUAUGGACGUGGGCGAGCUCCUAAGCUACCAGCCCAGCAGAGGGACGCGCCGGCCCCGGGAGGAGGAGGAGGAAGAGGGGCCCGCGGCGGCCAAGACCCGGCGGAAGCAGGGCGCGGGGGCCCGGGAGCGGAGCGGACGGUUCCGGGAGGACGAGGCGCCCGGCCCGGACGAGCCGGCCGCCACGGCCGACGACAGGAAGAGAGCUCUGCCCGCCGCCGACAAGCCCGCCGACGAGGAAGAGGAGCAGGAGGACGAGCCCCUGGACGAGAGCUCGGUGAAGAAAAUGAUCCUGACGUUCGAGAAGCGGUCCUAUAAGAACCAGGAGCUGCGCAUCAAAUUCCCGGACAACCCCGAGAAGUUCAUGGAGUCGGAGCUGGAUCUGAACGACAUCAUUCAGGAGAUGCACGUGGUGGCCACGGUGCCGGACCUCUACCACCUGCUCGUCGAGCUCAACGCCGUCCAGUCCCUGCUCGGCCUCCUCGGACACGACAACACUGAUGUGUCAAUCGCGGUGGUGGACUUGCUCCAGGAACUCACCGACAUCGACACGCUGCACGAGAGCGAAGAGGGGGCUGAGGUCCUCAUCGACGCCCUGGUGGACGGACAGGUGGUCGCCCUGCUGGUUCAGAACCUGGAGCGACUGGACGAGUCCGUGAAAGAAGAGGCCGACGGCGUCCACGACACGUUGGCUAUCGUGGAGAACAUGGCAGAGUUCCGGCCCGAGGUUUGCACGGAAGCCACCCAGCAAGGCCUGAUGCAGUGGCUGCUUAAGAGGUUGAAGGCCAAGAUGCCGUUCGACGCCAACAAGCUGUACUGCAGCGAGGUUCUGGCCAUCCUGCUGCAGAAUAACGACGACAACAGAGAAUUCCUCGGGGAGCUGGAGGGAAUCGACGUGCUCCUCCAGCAGCUGUCGGUAUUCAAGCGGCACAACCCGAGCACCGCGGAGGAGCAGGAGAUGAUGGAGAACCUGUUCGACUCGCUCUGCUCCUGCCUCAUGCUCAGCUCCAACCGCGAGCGCUUCCUCAAGGGCGAGGGGCUGCAGCUCAUGAACCUCAUGCUCAGGGAGAAGAAGAUCUCGCGCAGCAGCGCGCUGAAGGUCUUGGACCACGCCAUGAUCGGGCCCGAGGGCGCCGACAACUGCCACAAGUUUGUGGACAUCCUUGGUUUACGCACCAUUUUCCCGCUCUUCAUGAAGUCCCCCAAGAAGGUCAAGAAGAUGGGCGCCACCGAGAAGGAGCACGAAGAACACGUCUGCUCCAUCUUGGCCUCCCUCCUGCGAAACCUGAAGGGACAACAGAGGACCCGCCUCCUGAGCAAAUUCACCGAAAACAACAGCGAGAAGGUGGACAGACUCAUGGAGUUGCAUUUCAAGUACCUGGACGCGCUGCAGGUGGCGGACAAGAAGAUCGAAGGAGAAAAGCACGACAUCGUGCGCCGGGGCGAGAUCAUCGACGACGCGACCGAGGACGAGUUCUACGUCCGCCGCCUGGAUUCCGGCCUCUUCGUCCUGCAGCUCAUCUGCUACGUCAUGGCCGAGAUCUGCAGCGCCAGCGUCCCCCAGAUCCGCCAGAGGGUUCACCAGAUCCUCAACAUGAGGGGAAGCUCUAUCAAGAUCGUCCGGCACAUCAUCAAAGAGUACGCCGAGAACAUCGGAGAUGGGAAGAACCCGGAAUUCCGGGACGGGGAGCAGAAGCGGAUCCUGGAGCUGCUGGACAAUUUCUAGGGGCCGCCGGGGUCCCCGGCCCCC